UUAACAUCUCUGUGUACCGGGAUGAGCAAACAGAGAGAGUGAGACACAAACAAGCCAAUCAUGUUGGACAGAUAUGGAAUUUCAUCCCCACAAACCUUGAGCGACUUAAUCGGGCACUUCUCGGCAUCCCACCUGCAACCUGCCUCCUCACCUAUGUUCAACGCCUGCCUAGAGUGACGAUAUCCUCACAACGGCUGAUAUCUUUGAUAUUCUUUUCUCUCCCAGUCUCACAUCCCGUCUACUGGUACUGAGUACCUCAAACAUGCCGCUCUACAGUCAAGUCGUCCUCUUUGGAGACUCGCUCUUCCAAUUAUCCUCUACGCCUCAAGAUGGCUUCUCUUUCCAAGCCGCCCUUCAAGACCACUGUAUGAGACGUCUCGACGUCAUCAACAGAGGAUUCUCAGGCUACAACACGACCGACGCCCUAGGAGUUCUUCCAGACCUCUUCCCGCCUCCUUCAGCAACGACGCCCAAGAUUGACUACAUCUUAGUCCUGCUCGGCGCCAACGACGCCUGCCUCCCUAUCCCCACAAACAGCCAGCAAGUGCCCCUGGAACAAUACAAGCAGAACCUCAGAGAUAUCCUCACCCACCCCACCAUACGCGCCCACAACCCCAAGAUCCUGCUCGUGAGCCCCCCUCCCCUCGACGAGAUCCGCAUGCUCGAGCGCGAUCUCGAAAAGGGCCACGGACAGGCGUCCCGCAGCGCGGCCGUCAGCAAGACGUACUCGGACGCGGCGCUCAGCAUCGCGGCCGAGGUUCCAGGUGUCGUGCCGAUUGACCUCCACGAGGCCGUCAUGCGGCGGGCCGAGUCCAUGACGAUUGGGUCUAGUCGAAGUAGUCUUCCGCUGGGGCAUCCCGGGGGUGAGAGGGGCGGAUUGGAAGUGUUGAUCCCGGAUGGGCUGCAUUUGGGGGGUGAAGGGUACAGAGUGCUGUUUGAGUUGGUGAAGCCUCACAUUGGGCCGUUUGAUCAGUCGAGAGAGGAUUACCGGUAUCCGGAUUGGAAGAUUCUUAACCCUGGUAGUCUUGGUUGAAGUGAUACAGGGACGCAAAAGGUGCUUCAGAAGGCUCUCCGUGUGGAAUUCUUUCUGAGGGUUUAAAUAUCAAGACUUUAUGAUUAGACAAAGAAAAGUUCGGCUUGGAAUACUCUUGUACCGCACCUAGCGAACCCCUCAUGUGACACUUCAACAUGAGAUCCCCUCGGCCAUUUAGACCUGGUCGGUCAUUCUUGCUCAAAGAACAUAUCGGAACAUGGGCUACACACAGUUAGCAUAUCACUCAAUAACCGACUCCGAAUACCAG